AUGGGGCAAGCCUUAAGCAGGUUUUUUCAAUCAGGUAGUGCAUUGCUAUCAUCUGGCAAUCACAAAAUAGUAUCUGAAGAAACCAAAAAAAAAAUUGCCACAGUAUUUGAUAUUCUUCGAGCAAAUCCUAGAGUAACUGUACAAAGACUUGAAGGUCUCCUUUCUCAAAUACCAAAGAAUGAAAAUAUGUUAAUAGUUCAUAAUGAAGAAGGAUAUAACCUUUUACAAAAAUGUGUGGGUAUAAAUAAUUUAGAAAUGGUUAGAUGGAUUUUGUCGAGAAACCCUGAUCUCAAUAGAGGAGCUUGUUCUUUUCCUCUUCAUAUCGCUUGCCUCAAAGGUUUUGAAGAAUGUGUGGAAGAAUUAUUAAGGCAUGGUGCUAGAAUUGAUGUCGAGGCUCGAAUGUGUUGGCCUGGACCUCAUAAUCAAAAUUGCGAAGAAAGGGGAAAAUAUUUAGUGCCUGAAGAAUGUUUAACUGAUGGUCAUUUUAGUAGAUCCAGUGACAAACUUCAGAGUGCCAUUUAUUAUGCAAUAGAUGGGGAUGAAGUUCAAAUCUUGCAAUUACUUAUGAGCUUAAAAGAAGAACAUUCCUCAUCGUUUAGUCAAAAGAAACCAAUGUUGCAUAUAGCAUGCGAAAGAGCUGCUUGGAAAUGUACCAAAUUUUUGAUAACUGAAAGAUCAGAAGAAAUUAACAUGUGCUAUGAUGAAUAUUAUCCGGUACAUCAUGCAGUUCUUCACGAUACCAAAUUCUUGACUUUGCUUAUAGCAAAUCAUGCUUCUACCACUGUUGUUACGGCCACCGAGCAAAUGACUUUACUUCACAUUCUUUUUUUGAUAGGACGGAAAAGUGCUGAAGAAACUCUUCAAACUUGCCGUUUACUUUUAGAUAACGGAUUGAGGGAACUAAUUAAUGCUCCUGACUCUUUAGGUAACACUCCUCUUCACGGUUUAAUUGUUCGUUACGCUUUGGAGGAGGCUAGAUAUGGCUAUCAUCACGAUAAUCAACCCUGGAACAAAUGGGAUAUGAUGCAUUUGGUGCGUUACCUCCUACAAAACGGUGCUAAACCAUCAAUUAAUCAACCGGGAAAUAGCGCUUUAGCAUAUGUAUUAAGACACGUAAAAGAUUGGGAAUUCCGAUAUGACUUAUUAGACAUGCUACUUCAGGAUGGUGGAAAUCCUAAUAUAGCAGGUCGUGAUGGAAGUGUACCUCUUAUGGUUUGUUUAGUUCCACUUAUAAAUAAAGAUCCUCUCUAUCAUUUCACUCAUUCUAUGAAAGUUUGUUAUUUAAAUUGCGUGAGAAUCUUGUGCAAACACGGAGCAAAUCCAAAUUGUUCAAGUCGUUCUAAUUUAACCCCACUUCACGUGUUGGUUUUUACGGCUUCUGAAAACAUACCAUUAUCUAGAGAAAAAGAAAAGGCAUUGAAUUUCGAAUUCAUAAGAAAUUUAUUAAUAUUACUUUUACAAUACGGUUUAGAUCCCAAUGUCGGGGUUUCACAGCGAACUCCUCAUAUACUUCAAAGCAUCGUUGAAAUGGUAAAAAACACUCGUAUUCCAUCGGAUAUAAAUGAUGUUUACGAUUUAAUUUUAACGUUAAUUCAAUAUGGCGCUAAUCCAAAUGUAAAUAUCGCUAACAGUGGGCCAACAAUAUUUUAUCAUUCCCAAGUGAAUCUAUUCACGAAAAAAUCAUGUAAACACGUGUUAGGGUAUUACGUUCAUCUCAUAUCAAGAAAAGAAGAGAUAUUAAUUGAUUCACAUCAACGCUUUGCAAGGAUUUUAAAUUUAUUUUACAUGUGUAUGGAUCACGUGGAAUUAUACAGUUGCUUAAAAUUAUUAUUUGCUCAACAGAGCGGUAUCGUUCCAAGUAAAGGCUCACAAAUAUUGUGCAAUAUAAUAAAAGACAUGUAUUCGAAACCGAGAACGUUAAAACAAAUAUCAAGAGUAUCCAUUUAUAAUUUUUUGCAUCGGAAACCCGGAGUUUACGUCAGCAAAUUACCUUUACCAAACGUAUUAAAAGAAUAUUUCAUCAAUUUCGAACCUUAA